GCUGUACGUAAUGACGUCAUGUUGUAUCCUGACGUUCAGUGUUGCUGCGCUGUCAACCUGAGGAGCAGAGAGUGCAUAUCAGGACGAAGGUUGUUGUGUGAUUGAUUAUCACAGGUAAAUUAAUCUUGUACGUAUUUACAACCUUUCUUAAAUCAUGAAGCUGAGCGAUAAAUAUCUAGUAUGUUUGUUUUUAGUAUUAAAAAGUGAAGACAAACGUCUGUUGCUCGCUGUGGUCAGUUAGCACUUUUAGCUUGUUGCUACAGGAGAGUAACUCAAUACUAAAGCAGUUUGGUUGAGCUAACUGAGCUUGGCUGCGUACUACGGACUAUAACACAUAUCGAUCACAUAUUUAACUCAUAAAGAUGUGACUCAAAUGUGGUAAAUGAUGACUUACAGAGUAAUCUACAUCAUGGCUUUGAGAGGCGCUUUGUGUCGGCUCCUGGUCAACCCUCAGAGAUGUGCGAUCAUCUCAGCCUCCAGAUCACAGGGAACCGCAGCCCCUGCCAGACAUGGUGAGUUUUAUAACACCACCACAGCCACAGAUUUUAUGGUAAUUAAGGCAAAGGUUUACCAGCAAUAUAAAUGGUUGCAAUUUUUUUUUUACCAAAGUAGAUUAAGUGUCAUUGGCAGUCCGCCAUCAUAGGGAGACUUUCAGCUGUAUUUGGCACAGGAUUGCCUGUAAUUUGAUGACAAGAUCACAGAAGAACAACAUUAUAUUGAAGUUUUUCUUUCCUGAUUCAGAUUUUCUCCCCCCCAAAAAGACUUUACCAUCUUACUACCAAUAUCAUUUGAUGUUGUUGACAAAAUCAUUUCUAAAAUUUCUCACACACCACUAAUAUUUUUCUUCGUUAAAUCAUCCACAGAUGCAGAGAAGACUGAGCAGAAGUCCAAAGCACGUAGGUGUUAACAGCGCCUUGUUUUUUCAAUUGAUCUUAGAGGUUAUUAUUGUAAUUGUUGUUAGUAAUAAUGAUAAAAAGAGAAAAUUUAUCCUUUAAUAUAUUUGGUUUGUGGUUUUUACAUUUUUAAUUUGUCAUUCCAUGCAGCAAAGGUCCAGUUCAACUGGCGCGAUGCCCUGGAUCUUGAGGGGCAGUUGACGGAGGACGAGAUUAUGAUUAGAGACUCCUUUAGGGCCUACUGCCAAGAGAAGCUCAUGCCUCGCAUCAUUAUGGCAAACAGAAAUGAAGGUGAGAGUCAACACCCAUUCGUAUCACUUUGUUUUCAUUUGUAGCCCCAUGAUACCUUUGAAUGCAAAAUGUAUAGUUAAGAUGUUUUUAUUUAACUUUUGCAACGCAUGGUUUCAGAUUUAUGAAUUAACGUGGUGCACUGAUUUGAAGUAAAGGAAUAUGAGUCUCCUGAAGUCCUUGUCUAACAGCUGGUUGUGUGUGUGUGUGUAUUUUUCAGUGUUCCACAGAGAGAUUGUUUCAGAGAUGGGAGAGCUGGGUGUCCUUGGCCCCACCAUCAAAGGUGACAAAAUGUACAAUGUUAAUCAUUUGCUGCAAUUAUGUAACAGAGGCAACCACACCUCAAUAGAUUUUGACGACCAAAACAGAAAGUUAAUUGUCGAAUUUUAUAGUUGCCAUAAAGUUUCUGUACUUUGAUGGCAAAACAGCCACUUUUCUUGAAAUCAAUUGCUAACUGAAUUGGACUUUGGCCAUGACUCAAGCUGGACCUUUGCAUUGUUUAUUUUUGACAAACCGCUUAAUUUUGUCCAGUUUUAGCCCAUCAAAUCUGAGUUUAUUCCUCGACUUAAAAUCGUAUAUAUCCCUUCAAAGUGUUUUCUGUAAAAACAAUGAAAGUAAUCCCUCCUCUUUGCAAAGGUUAUGGCUGUGCUGGGACGAGCUAUGUGGCCUAUGGUUUGAUCGCCAGGGAAGUAGAGAGAGUGGACAGUGGCUAUCGUUCAGUCAUGAGCGUGCAGUCAUCACUGGUCAUGCACCCCAUUAACGCCUACGGUACAGAGGAGCAGAAGCAGAAGUACCUCCCAAGGCUGGGUAAGAAGAUCACACCUUUAUAAUUAUAGAUCGACUUCCAGCUUAUCUAUCAUAAAUGGAUAAUGUGGGAUGAUAUAUUGAUAGUAUAUCACCAAUGACCAGGCUUGUUCCCUUACUGUUUCUUCCAGCUCAAGGAGAGAUCCUGGGUUGCUUUGGCUUGACAGAGCCGAAUCAUGGUAGUGACCCCAGCAGCAUGGAAACCAGAGCUAAAUACAACCCAUCCAGUCGUACAUACACACUCACUGGCUCAAAGACCUGGUGAGUAGCAGACACUUACACAACUCUGAGACACGUUUCAGGAGAGAAGCUGAAAAAAUGCAUCCUAUUAUGGAAAAACUGUGGAAGUCAAAUUUCGCUCUAGAGAAGGGCUGCAAGUCAUGAUUUAAAGGUAAAUUCUGUGCAACAGCAGAGUACUAAAGUUUGAACUAUAAGGAAUAAAAUAGUCACGAAAAUCCUGUUUUAUGUUUUUCAUCAUCCUGUUUCUCCAUCUGUCACUUUGUUAUUGUCAUAUAAACCUGAGGAAAUAAAUACAGGACAACAAAUAAGGCUAUUUAUCACACACAACCGCACGAGCCAAGAUUAUUUUUAUCCUCUGAAGUCUAUUUCAAGGCAGUGUGAAACAGUCAACAGAAAACAGUGUCCCUAUGGCAGAUGAAGAAGAUUAGCAGUGAGGUGAAAAGUUCAAUGAAGAAGCAGUAUAACUAACACUUUAAAAUAAGAACAUGGUUUCAAUUGUAAUCUUCAUUUCAUUGUCAUUAUUCUGAAUAAAUUUCCUUUAAACUGUAACUACACAAAAACAAAUGAUGUAUUGUAGAGACCUUGCUCUUCUUUUUCACAUCAUUUAAUUAUUUUGUGUAAUAUUUACAUGUCAAGAAAGGUUGUUGUUUUGUCUAUGGGCUCCCCAUGACACAAGUUGUCCACAAGGGGGAGUCCUUUACAAAUUAAAGCUCUGCAUUUUUGCUAGAGUUUGUAUGGGAAGUAUUCAGUAAAUUGAGCACUCUAAUGAUUUCAGAUGUUACCAGUUUUAUUCUUAUUAAUUUCAUGCAAUUAAAUAUCUUCAGCUCACUGAUUAAAGUAACAUCUGUAGCAAUAUUACAGCAUUUCCCUGUGCUUUGACCUUCAGGAUCACUAACUCCCCAGAGGCGGACAUUGCUGUAGUUUGGGCCAAAUGUGAUGAUGGGAAGAUCCGAGGUUUUAUUUUAGAAAGAGGUAUGAAGGGCUUCUCAACACCUAAGAUUGAGGGCAAAUUCUCCCUCAGAGCCUCUUGCACUGGUAUGAUCCUUAUGGACGAGGUUGAAGUCCCAGAGGAGAACCUGCUGCCUAAAGCCACAGGCCUGGGGGUGAGUGCACCCAAACUAUAACUGUUUAACAUAUUUCUCAGUAUUUUCCUUGUAUGAUAUAAACGUCUGUAUCUUUGUUUGCUGUGUCUCAGGGCUCCUUGAAUUUUAAAGCUCACACAGCAGUCUUUUGCUUGCUUACUUCCAGGGUCCUUUCGGCUGUCUAAACAAUGCUCGUUAUGGUAUAGCUUGGGGAGCUCUCGGUGCAGCAGAGUUCUGCUUCCAUGCAGCUCGACAGUACACACUCGACAGGUCAGAUACCCAAGCUUGUGUGAUAUCCGUGUAUCUAGAUUUGGUUCAAGGUGUAAAAUUUGUGAUGGUCUCUUGAUUGAAAUAUCCUCAGUUAAACAAAGUGCAAACACUUUUUAGUGUGCUCUGUGCAUACAUUUCCAUGUUUGUUGGAUUAUUUUAACAGUAAGAAUAACGCCUCUGGCAUAACAGCUCAUUAUGUUUUUUUACUACACCAGAAUCCAGUUUGGUGUACCACUGGCACGGAAUCAGCUGAUGCAAAAGAAGAUGGCUGACAUGCUGACAGAAAUUACCAUCGGCCUUCAGUCCUGUCUGCAGCUGGGAAGACUCAUUGAUGAGAAAAAGUAAAGACAACCCUUUUUUCUAUUUUUAGCAAUACUGUUUGUCAAAUCAGAAAUGUAUUUUCCCUUGUAGUUCCCCCCAGAGUCAUGUAACUAUUUAGUACUUAGGCUUUUCGGCGUUUAUUUGCGUCGCAUCUGUUAGAAAAGUGCUUUUUAUAAAUAAAGUCUAAUUGAUUAAAUGAUUGAAAAUUCUGUAUAUCAAAGAAUCAUGCCAUGAUCCUUUCAAUGAAGGGUUUAGGUAGGGUGACCAUACGUCCAUUUACCUGGACAUGUCUUCUUUUUGGGGGGCUGUCCGGGCUUGUCCGGCUUUGUCCAGCUCUCAACUCUCAAAAUUAACUUUGUGCGACUCAAUGACUGCCCCCACGUAGCCGUGUCCUCUUUUAACCAGAGAUGGCCACCAUUAUCAAGAGAUGAUUUAGGCCAAAAAUCCAUUUUCAUCAAAAAACGACAUAGGCCAUUAUUUUGAUUAUUACGUAAAGAUAUUCCAGCACAGACUAAAGUAACACUUUGCGAUGUUACUCAUAGUGGAAAUCUGUUGAUUCUUCAUAGAGCCGUCCCAGACAUGAUAUCCAUGCUGAAAAGGAACAGCUGUGGCAAAGCCCUUGACAUUGCCAGGCAGGCCAGAGACAUGCUGGGGGGAAACGGCAUCUCAGAUGAGUACCACAUCAUCCGCCAUGUCAUGAACCUGGAGGCCGUCAACACAUAUGAAGGUUAGAGGGGGGAGAAGUGGGUUUAAGGGGGAUUAAAGGGUCUGUAGUUUGUAAUGAAUCAUGCAUGCACAGUUGGAGUUGUAUGAGUGUUACCCACAGAAGGUGCAGACCCUUGUUUGAGAAGCCUGCCAGAGUACUGGGAUGGUGGCGAGGCUACACACAGCUGCAGACAGGGCUGCUUGAACCACUUAAUGUAGCUCAUUAUAAGAACAUAGAUGAACGAAUGAGUACCUCAGACAGCUCCACUUAAGCAAAACUAAACCAUCCUCUUGUGUCUGUUCAUUCUGUUUCAUGUCUGUUGUCUCCUCUUGCAGGCACUCACGAUAUCCACGCCCUGAUCCUGGGCAGAGCCAUCACCGGCCUGCAGUCCUUCACUGUGGACAAAUAAAUCCCACUCAUACUUCCACUACAAGUCAACAGGGAACUUCUGUCAACCCUGCAGCUGAUUAGAAUCGCACAAUUUUAACUGCUCAGUGAAAAAUGUUUCUUUCCACACAGGUUCGGUGGUCUGUAUAUGGAAAAACAAGAUCAAGUCAAACGUAGACUGGUGUGAAGUGUAAUUUAUGUAAAAAUAGAGUUUUACAAACAGCUAUUUUUCUAUUCUCAAUACCAACAGACAUCUAAAUCCCAUGACUCUAUCACCCAUCUGUAUCAACUAAGUCAAAUGCACUACUAUGGAGACUGUUUGAUGCUUGAACUAGGGCAAGAUCUGACUUUGUUGCUGCUCACUCACAGUACAUACUGUAAUUAUAAAAGAUUAUCGCAUUUAACAGCAACUACAUGUUUGGAAAGUCCUGUGAUGUUUUAAUUUGAUCCAGUUAUGCCGGAGUUGUCAUAUAUAUUUGGUACACUCUCACACUGGAGACAAGAUCAGUACGUUUUGUUUUGUAACCGUAGAGAUUACUCAUGGCACUUUACUCGCCCUGUCUCUAAGAUGCCUUGACGUUGCAUGGUUUCAAGGAUGUUGAUCUAAGCGUUAAUAAAAGUUAUUUUAAAUUUCCAGGUUCUUCGAUGGAGUGAAAUGCAUUAUGAGCUGUUAAAGAGUAGCCAUAGCAUAAUCACAACUCCUUAACUGUGGUGGAGUAGAAGUUGCAAGUGUUGAAAAUGAUAUUUAAAUAAAUAACUUAAAAUUUAAA